UAGACCCCUUUCAUUUUUCAACCUCACUACCGACCCAAACACUCUUCUUCUUCUUCUCUCUUUCUCGCCUUUUCUCCGAUGCACUAAUUCUCACUUGUCUUUCACCCGAUCGUCUCGUUCCUCAUGGCCGAGGCCUUCGCCAAACUCGCCGAGUCUCUCUACUCGGAAAGCAAGCCCAUCUCCUCUGCUGAUCUCUUGCAGAGGCUGCGCUCCGACUCCGACUCCAUCAGACCUGGCCUCGAGAACCUUUUUCUGAUUCUUAAACGCGGCGUUGAGGCCGCCGGAGACGGGAAGCUAGGGUUCCAAUCAUGGGCCGAUUCUCAAAUUCAAGCAGUUUAUUCGAUUGCCCAUGCCAUCGCUUCCGCCUCUCGAUCUCUAUUGGUGGAGCAAGCGGAAGCAAUAAUUGUUGCCAUUGUGCAACUGUCGUUGGAAUUUGCUGUAUGUUAUUUGGAGAGAUCAGAAUUUAACAGCGAAGAUAUGAGCAUUCAGAGUAUUAUGGUGCAGCUUUUGGAGAUAGCGUUGGUUGAUGAAACGGAUAAAGCACCUGACACACUGCAACCUUGCUCUGUUGAUAGUCUGGUGGACUUGUUACCAUCUGUUACCAGUAGUUCUUGUGGUAAUGAGUUUGAUAACCACAUUAAAUGUGGCCCUCAAGGUGUCAAUUGCUCAAGGUCAGAGAAACCGGUGGAUCGUCUGUUUAUGUCUUUAGCUUCUGAGUGCAUACAAUCUGAUAGGCAGGCCAGUGGGUUUGGUGGGCCUACUGUCCACCAGGAUUUGAACAAAUUGGUUUUUCUAUCUCAACAUUGGGCAGUUGCUCACGUGGGGUGUAUUCAACGUUUGAUCUUGCUCUGUAAGGAAAUCAUUGUGCUCCCAGAUAUGUUUGAUGAGAAGAUGGCUGGGACAAACUUCUGUAAGAGGCUGUCUUUCAGUUUGAGGAUUAUAAAGCUACUUGGAAGUCUCACGAAGGACAUCCCAUAUAUUGAAUAUGAUGCCUCAUUGGUGCAAGCAGUUGGUACUUUUGCUGAUGCAGUGCCUGUGUUGUUUAGAUCUGGAUUUGAGUUUGUAAAUAGCACUGUUGCAGCCGAUGGUAGUUUUGAGAGCCUCACUCUGUUGCUACUGGAAGACUUCCUUGAACUCGUCCGGGUUACUUUCUGCAACAGCAGUGUUUUCUUGAAUGUUCAAGUCUGUGUGGUAGCUUCCAUACUAGAUAAUUUAGACUCUUCUGUAUGGAGAUAUAACAAGUCUGCUGCUAACCUGAAGCCCCCACUGGCUUAUUCUCCACGAAUUGUUGUUUACAUAUUGAUGCUCAUUCACGACCUUAAGAGACAGACUAGUCGGGCUGUCAAUUGGAAGGAGUUAGACACAGAACUUGUUGGCAGUAGCGUCAAUUUUCUUGAUUCCCCUUCAUGCCUUGUUCAUUCUGAGAAAGUUCCUUUACUUCACAGGUACACAUUUGAACAUCUAGUACAGAUGAUAUUCCCUUCCUCAAAACAAUGGAUGGAUGAUCUAAUGCAUCUUAUCUUGUUCCUUCAUUCGGAGGGAGUGAAACUGAGGCCAAAAGUGGAGAGGUCAUAUUCUAGUUGUGCAAAAACUACUUGCAGCUCUGAAUUGGAAAAUGUUGUUUGCCAUGAAGACGAAGCCCUUUUUGGUGACCUUUUCUCUGAAAGUGGCCGUGGAUCUACAGACGGAUAUGAUCAGCCACCAGUUGUUGCUAACUCUAGCUCUAGCCAGAGUAAUAUGCCGAUGGAAGCUGCUACAGAACUGUUGAGGUUUUUUAAAGUGUGCAUCUUCUCCCCUGAAUGGCAUCCAUCUGUUUUUGAGGAUGGCUGCUCAAAGCUUAGCAAAAGCCAUAUUGAUAUUUUUUUGUCCUUACUCCACAGUCAGGGAUGUGCUGAGGAGAGGAGUGCUGAGGGCUAUUCUCUAUCACAUGAAGAGAGAAAGAUUGGGCAUGCCCAUGAACUUUGUUUUGAUUUGUUUCAGGACCUUGUCACACGCCAUGCUUUAUCUGAUUCACUGGAAGAGUACUUUGUUGAGAAAGUUUUGAAUGUUGAGAAUGAUACUUUUGUUUACAAUAAUCAGACCCUUACCUUGCUAGCUCACACCCUUUUCUGUAGGGUGGGUUUGGCUGGCAGCCGGUUGAGAAACCAAAUUUUCAGGGGGUUUGUGGAUUUUGUCACUGAGAAGACAAAAGCUAUUUCUUUAAAAUGCCCUAGCUUUAAGGAGCUUCUUGAGGCCCUUCCAUCUGCUUUUCAUAUUGAGAUUCUUCUUGUGGCAUUUCACUUAUCGUCUGAAGAGGAAAAGGCAUCACAUGCAAAGUUAAUAUUUUCUGCUCUCAGAACAAUUGGUGCUCCAGCUUCGGGUUCCAACAGUACACAUUUGUCUUGCUGGGCUUUACUGGUUUCAAGGUUGAUUUUAGUGCUUCGCCAUAUGAUAUUUUACCCACAGACUUGUCCUUCAUCUUUGCUUGUGCAUCUACGAUCCAAGUUGAGGGAAGCUCCAUACUCCAGUUCACAGCCUGGGGUGAACGAUCAUUUGUCAUCUUGGGUCUCAAUUGUAUUUAAAAAUGUAAUGACCACAUGGUGUGAAGAAGAGCCUGACAUCAGUCCCUUGAUUCAUCAACUGAUUGAUAUGUCUGCCCUUCCUGCUUCGCUGUCCACAGACAGUCUUAAUAUUGACAGAUUAUGCUUGAGUUGGGAUGACAUCUGUUCAACCAUGUCAUCAAUUCUGGGGUUCUGGAAAGGUAAACAGGCUGCAGUGGUGGAGGAUCUCAUUAUUGAAAGAUACAUUUUCGUACUUUGUUGGGACUUUCCAACUAUCGGCACUGCAACGGACCAUCAGCUUCCUUUAGGGAGUGAUCCACAGACUCUUGACACUUCUGAAAUAGCAAAUUUCUUUUACUUCAGCCAUUCAAUAUUAGGUCAUCAUAGUGUUGGUGUGAAAAAUAAUUUUUCUGAAGUUAUAGUUCAUUUGCUUCAGCACUUAGACGCUGAACUUGUACCUGAAUACAUUGAGGAAUUAGGCUGGGGUUUUUUGAGAAAUGCAAUGUGGUUGUCUUUGGCACUUUCCUUGCUUGAUGUUGGCAUCUGGAGGUAUGGUGUGAAGAAUAGAGUCACAGGAGUGGGUUCAAAUUGGAUAGAGAACACGUCUAAGGACAAUGAGUAUAUUGCUGUUGCUGAAGGGAUGAUUUCUUCUUUGAUGGAUGCUGGUCAAGUUUCAAUGUUGUUUAAGAUAUUUUCAUCUUUGUUGAAAAGAUAUUUACAGGCUUAUCAGAAAGCUUUUGUUGCUACGUUUGGUAAUAGCCAGAAGGAUGCUGAUGGGUUUUCACCACUCUUGCUCUUUAAACAUUCAGGAUUUGACAGAUGCCUUCAGGAUGAGCUUGAAAAGACUGGCACUUAUUCUUUUCGUCUGGAGUCUGUUCUUGACCUGUUGGUAAAGUUUGAUGCUAUUAUUGAUAAAAGAGCUGCAGGAAUUUUGUGCAGGGUCUCCUGGGAAUGUAUGUUACAUGGUUUCCCAUUUAAUCUUCAGACUCAUAGUGGAAUUCUUCUUUCUUGCAUUUUUAACAUAAGAGGGAUAAUUUCCAUUCUUGUUGGUUUGCUUAAAAUAAAAGAUGUGAUGGGAAAUGUCGGCGUGGAUAUUGAGGUACUUCGUCAAAUUCUUGAUACAGUUGUGACAAUCAAGUUUGAUAGGAUCUUUGAAAGCAUUCACGGGAAAUGUGAAACCAUUUAUGAAAGCUUGAGUGCAGGCUUGGGAGGGUCAGACUAUGCCAAUUUAAUUCUAUUAGCUCACUUGGAGGGUUUUCUAAAGGACAUUAAUGCCAGAGGAGUAAGCGACAACAGCAUUUAUGAGUGCAUAAUCACCAAGGCUAUUGAUAUGAUGGAUAGCCUUAGAAAAGACCCUACAAAGGUUGAUAUUUUUAAGUUCUAUCUUGGAGUAGAAGAUGUCCCAGAGCAGGUGAAGACGCUUUUCGGCGUGCAGCGUGGUGAUUUACUGGUUCUAAUUGACGCUCUACAUAAUUGUUACUCUGAGACAGUUAACAUAAAGGUUCUUAGCUUUUUUGUUGAUCUGUUAACUGGAGAGCUGUGUCCUGAUCUUAAACACAAGAUUCAAAACAAAUUUCUCAGCAUGGACUUACUUUUGCUUUCCAUGUGGUUGGAGAAGAGGCUCUUAGGUUGUGUUAUGGAAGCUUCAGGUGGAGUUAACAGUGCAAAAGGAAGUUCUCUCUCUCUCAGGGAGUCGACCAUGAACUUUAUUUUAUGCAUUGUAUCGCCACCUUCUGAUUUGAAAUCAACAGAACUGCAGAGUCAUAUUUUUGAAGCUGUGCUGGUCUCCCUUGAUCCUGCAUUUUUGAAAUUUGAUAUUCAUGUUGCCAAAUCAUUUUUCCAUUUUGUUGUUCAGCUAUCAAAGGGUGAUGCUUCAGUGAAAUUACUUUUAAAGAGGACCAUAAUGCUGAUGCAGAAGCUGACUGGCAAUGAUUGCCUGCUACCAGGCCUGAAGUUUCUAUUUGACUUUUUGGGAAGUGUCUUAAGUGAUUGUGGGUCUGGGAAGAAUACCCCAGAAAAGUCGUCAGGAAAAUCUCUGCCUGGAAAUACUUUUGGUAUGGGACCUAUGGUUUCAAGGCCAGUAGGUUCAAGGAAGAACUCCGAGACAUUGGUCCUUUCUACUAAUGAAGAAGGUGGGUCCAUCGCUCUUGAGUGUGAUGCAACUUCUGUAGACGAGGAUGAGGAUGAUGGAACUUCUGAUGGUGAGGUGGCUAGCCUGGAUAAGGAUGACGAAGACGAUACUAACAGUGAAAGGGCCCUUGCUUCUAAAGUUUGCACAUUUACUUCUAGCGGUAGCAAUUUCAUGGAACAACACUGGUACUUCUGUUAUACAUGUGAUCUGACUGUCUCAAAAGGCUGUUGCUCUGUGUGUGCAAAAGUUUGUCAUCGUGGUCAUCGUGUUGUUUAUUCUCGCUCUAGUCGUUUCUUUUGUGAUUGUGGAGCUGGGGGUGUUAGAGGCAGCAAUUGUCAAUGCCUAAAGCCACGCAAGUACACUGGAAGUAGUAGCACCCCCAUCCGUAGUACUAGUAAUUUCCAGUCCUUUUUACCUUUCACAGAGGAUGGAGAGCAGCUGCCAGAAAGUGAUUCAGAUCUUGAUGAGGAUACUAGUACCGAUGUAGAUAACUCUCUCAGACUAUCCAUCCCAAGAGAGCUUCAGGAUGGGAUCACACCGUUGCUUGAAGAACUUGAUGUUGAAGGUCAGGUGCUCGAGCUUUGCUCUUCAUUGUUCCCCUAUAUAACUAGUAGAAGAGAGUCCAACUUGUCAAAAGAUAACAAGAUCAUUCUUGGUAAAGACAAGGUGCUUUCUUUUGGUGUUGACCUCUUGCAAUUGAAGAAGGCAUAUAAAAGCGGGUCCUUAGACCUGAAAAUAAAGGCAGACUAUUCCAAUGCCAAGGAACUUAAAUCACAUUUAGCUAGUGGUUCUCUUGUCAAAUCCUUGCUCAGUGUCAGUAUUCGAGGUCGACUUGCUGUUGGUGAAGGUGAUAAAGUUGCUAUAUUUGAUGUUGGGCAGUUGAUUGGACAGGCCACCAUUGCACCGGUGACAGCAGACAAAACCAAUGUUAAGCCCCUCUCCAAGAAUGUUGUUCGAUUUGAAAUUGUGCAGCUUACUUUCAAUCCAGUGGUGGAGAAUUAUCUUGCAGUAGCAGGCUAUGAAGAUUGUCAGGUCCUCACCUUGAAUCCUCGUGGUGAAGUGACUGAUCGUCUUGCCAUUGAACUGGCACUGCAAGGUGCAUAUAUCAGACGGGUUGAUUGGGUUCCAGGUUCUCAGGUUCAAUUAAUGGUGGUUACCAACAGGUUUGUCAAAAUAUAUGAUCUAUCUCAGGACAACAUCAGUCCCAUACACUACUUCACACUGCCAGAUGAUAUGAUUGUGGAUGCAACACUUCUUUUGGCAACUCUAGGGAGGAUGUUUCUUAUUGUUCUUUCAGAAAAUGGAAGGCUAUUCAGGCUAGAGUUGUCAGUGGAUGGUAAUGUUGGGGCUACACCUUUGAAGGAAGUAAUCCAGAUACAGGAUAAAGAGAUAAAUGCGAAGGGUUCAUCUUUGUACUUUUCAUCAGCGUACAAAUUACUUUUCCUAUCCUAUCAAGAUGGCACUGCUUUGGUUGGUCGGCUAAGCCCCAAUGCCACAUCUCUAAGUGAGAUAUCUACUAUAUACGAGGAGGAACAAGAUGGUAAACUGCGGUCUGCUGGACUUCAUCGUUGGAAGGAAUUGCUUGCUGGCAGUGGGUUAUUCGUUUGCUUCUCAAGUAUAAAAUUAAACUCUGCCAUUGCAGUAUCGAUGGGAUCACAGGAGUUAUUCGCACAGAACUUGAGACAUGCAGUGGGUUCGACUUCACCUCUUGUUGGAGUAACAGCUUAUAAGCCUUUAUCCAAAGAUAAGAUUCACUGUCUUGUUUUGCACGAUGAUGGUAGCCUUCAGAUAUACUCACAUGUUCCAAUGGGAGUCGAUGCUGGUGCUAGUGUAACAGCAGAGAAAGUCAAAAAAUUGGGUUCCGGCAUUCUCAGUAAUAAGGCUUAUGCUGGUGUUAACCCUGAAUUUCCACUUGAUUUUUUUGAGAAAACAGUGUGCAUAACAGCAGAUGUGAAAUUGGGUGGUGAUGCCAUCAGAAAUGGUGAUUCUGAAGGGGCUAAGCAAAGCUUGGCCUCUGAGGAUGGCUUUCUAGAAAGUCCAAGCCCUACGGGAUUUAAGAUAUCUGUCUUCAAUUCAAACCCUGAUAUCAUCAUGGUUGGGUUUCGCGUGCAUGUUGGUAGUACAUCGGCAAACCAUAUACCUUCAGACAUUACUAUUUUCCACCGGGUCAUUAAAUUAGAUGAAGGCAUGCGGUCUUGGUAUGAUAUACCAUUUACAGUUGCUGAGUCGCUCCUUGCUGAUGAAGAAUUUACAAUCUCUGUUGGACCAACCUUCAAUGGAUCUGCUCUGCCUAGAAUUGACUGCCUUGAAGUAUAUGGUAGAGCCAAAGAUGAAUUUGGUUGGAAAGAAAAGAUGGAUGCUGUACUUGAUAUGGAAGCUCGUGUGCUUGGUUGUAAUUCCUUGCUUUCAGGAUCUGGGAAAAAACGCCGAUCAAUGCAGUCUGCUCCUAUACAGGAGCAGGUCAUAGCAGAUGGUCUUAAGCUUCUAUCCAGGAUUUAUUCAUUGAGCAGGUCUCAGGGUUGCUCUAGAGCUGAGGAAGUUAAUCCGGAGCUAAUGGAACUGAGGUGCAAGCAGUUAUUAGAAAAAAUAUUUGAGAGUGACCGAGAGCCCUUGUUGCAGGCUGCUGCUUGCCAUGUCUUGCAGGCUGUGUUCCCCAAAAAAGAUACCUACUAUCAUGUUAAGGACACCAUGCGGCUUCUUGGGGUGGUGAAGUCGACCUCUGUACUCUCUUCAAGGCUUGGGGUUGGUGGUACUGCAGGGGCAUGGAUAGUUGAAGAGUUUACAGCCCAGAUGCGGGCAGUAUCUAAGAUUGCAUUGCACCGUCGCUCAAAUCUGGCUACUUUCUUAGAGAAAAAUGGUUCUGAAGUUGUGGAUGGGCUUAUUCAAGUUCUGUGGGGAAUUUUGGAAUUAGAGCAGCUUGACACACAAACAAUGAACAACAUUGUCAUAUCUUCUGUAGAACUCAUUUAUUGUUAUGCUGAAUGCCUGGCUUUGCAUGGAAAGGAUACAGGGGUACAAUCUGUUGGACCUGCUGUUGUACUAUUUAAAAAGCUUCUCUUUUCGCCCAAUGAGGCUGUUCAGACCUCAACCAGCUUGGCUAUAUCAUCAAGGUUGCUUCAGGUUCCAUUUCCCAAGCAAACUAUGUUGGCCACAGAUGAUGCUGCAGAAAAUGCAGUAUCUGCCCCUGUGCAUGCUGACACAACUGGCGGAAAUGCCCAAGUAAUGAUUGAAGAAGAUUCCAUCACUUCAUCUGUUCAAUACUGUUGUGAUGGUUGCACCACUGUUCCUAUACUUAGACGGCGUUGGCAUUGUACUGUUUGCCCCGAUUUUGAUCUGUGUGAGGCAUGCUAUGAAGUUUUGGAUGCAGACCGUCUCCCUCCACCUCACUCUAGAGAUCAUCCUAUGACAGCAAUACCCAUUGAAGUGGAAUCACUAGGGGGAGAUGGCAAUGAGUUCCACUUCACACCAGAUGAUGCAAGUGAUUCAAGCAUAUUGCCAGUAACUGCAAAUUCGAGGACCCAGAAUUCUGCUCCAUCAAUUCAUGUCCUCGAGCCCAAUGAGUCUGGGGAGUUUUCUGCUUCAGUGAAUGACCCGGUUUCAAUUUCUGCUUCGAAACGAGCUUUGAAUUCCUUGAUUCUCUCUGAGCUUCUUGAACAAUUAAAGGGAUGGAUGCAGUCAACAUCAGGGGUCCGGGCAAUUCCUAUUAUGCAGCUCUUCUACAGAUUAUCUUCUGCUGUUGGUGGACCGUUUAUAGACAUCUCAAAGCCUGAAAGCUUAGAUUUAGAGAAAUUAAUUAGGUGGUUUCUGGAUGAGCUUAAUCUUAACCAAGCCUUGGUUGCGAAAGCCCGCUGUUCAUUUGGGGAAGUUGCAAUACUUAUAUUCAUGUUCUUUACCCUGAUGCUACGAAACUGGCACCAGCCUGGCAGUGAUAGUUCCAUGCCAAAACCUAGUGGGACAGCAGAAACGCAUGAUAAAAGCAUCAUCCAGAUCUCGCCGUCCACCUCAGUUGCUGCUUCAUCUUCCUUGGAUGAUCAAGAGAAAAAUGACUUUGCAUCCCAGCUGCUUCGAGCUUGCAAUUCCCUUAGGCAGCAGUCUGUUGUGAAUUACUUAAUGGACAUAUUGCAGCAGCUAAUGCAUGUUUUUAAGUCCCCUUCUGUUAAUUAUGAAAAUGCAGGACCUGGUUCUGGCUGUGGAGCUCUGUUAACAGUUCGAAGGGAUGUUGUGGCUGGUAAUUUUUCUCCUUUCUUUUCAGACUCAUAUGCAAAAGCCCACCGUACAGAUAUUUUUAUGGACUACCAUAGGUUGUUGUUGGAGAAUACCUUUCGGCUGGUAUACACUUUGGUCAGACCUGAAAAGCAAGACAAGACUGGAGAGAAAGAGAAGGUGUCAAAGAUCUCCUCUGGCAAGGAUCUGAAGCUCGAUGGAUAUCAAGAUGUCCUGUGCAGUUACAUUAACAAUCCUCACACGACUUUUGUGAGAAGAUAUGCAAGGCGACUUUUCCUCCAUCUCUGUGGAAGCAAAACUCAUUAUUAUAGUGUGCGAGACUCUUGGCAGUUUUCAAGUGAGAUGAAAAAACUUUUCAAACAUGUGAACAAAUCUGGUGGGUUUCAAAAUCCUUUGUCAUAUGAGAGAAGUGUUAAGAUAGUUAAAUGUCUCUCUACUAUGGCUGAAGUAGCUGCGGCACGACCUCGGAACUGGCAGAAGUACUGUUUGAGGCAUUCAGAUUUUUUGCCAUUCUUGAUAAACGGAGUGUUCUAUCUCGGAGAAGAGUCAGUUAUUCAGAUUUUGAAGCUGUUGAAUCUUUCCUUCUACGCCGGAAAGGAUAUUGGUCAUUCAUUACAGAAAAAUGAAGCUGUGGAUUCAGGUAUUAAUUCAAACAAAUCAGGGUCACAAUCUCAGGAUCCCAAAAAGAAGAAGAAAGGUGAGGAAGGAACAGAAUCUGGUUUGGACAAGUCCUAUUUGGAUAUGGAGUCGGUGAUAGAUAUCUUCAGUGACAAGGGUGGAGAUGUCUUGAAGCAAUUCAUUGAUUGCUUUUUGCUGGAAUGGAAUUCUAGCUCCGUGCGUGCAGAGGCCAAGUGUGUUCUUUUUGGUGUUUGGCAUCAUGCUAAGCAAUCAUUCAAGGAAACUAUGAUGAUGGCUCUCUUGCAGAAAGUAAAAUGUCUACCAAUGUAUGGUCAAAAUAUUGUUGAGUAUACUGAACUUGUCACAUGGUUGCUGGGUAAAGUACCAGAUAUCAGCUCAAAGCAACAGAGCAGUGAACUUGUUGAUCGAUGCUUAACACCUGAUGUAAUCAGAUGCAUCUUUGAAACACUUCAUUCACAAAAUGAGCUUUUAGCUAAUCAUCCAAAUUCCCGCAUAUACAACACUUUAAGUGGAUUAGUUGAAUUUGAUGGGUACUAUCUUGAGAGUGAGCCUUGUGUUGCCUGCAGCUCUCCCGAGGUACCAUACAGCAGGAUGAAGCUAGAAAGUCUGAAAUCUGAAACAAAAUUCACUGACAACCGCAUCAUAGUGAAAUGUACUGGGAGUUACACCAUCCAGACUGUGACCAUGAAUGUUCAUGAUGCACGGAAAUCUAAAUCAGUGAAAGUUUUGAACCUGUAUUACAAUAAUCGACCUGUGGCUGACUUGUCAGAAUUGAAGAAUAAUUGGUCUCUGUGGAAACGGGCCAAGAGUUGUCAUCUUGCUUUCAAUCAGACUGAGCUUAAAGUGGAGUUUCCCAUUCCAAUAACAGCUUGUAACUUCAUGAUUGAGCUGGAUUCCUUUUACGAAAAUCUUCAGGCUUUGUCUCUUGAACCAUUGCAAUGCCCACGUUGCAGUCGACCGGUCACUGAUAAGCAUGGUAUAUGCAGCAAUUGCCACGAGAAUGCAUAUCAAUGCAGGCAAUGCCGCAACAUUAAUUAUGAAAAUCUGGAUUCCUUUCUCUGCAACGAGUGUGGCUAUAGUAAAUAUGGUAGAUUUGAGUUCAAUUUCAUGGCGAAGCCAAGUUUUACUUUUGAUGACAUGGAAAAUGAUGAAGAUAUGAAGAGAGGGUUGGCUGCUAUAGAAACUGAAUCAGAAAAUGCUCAUAGGAGAUAUCAGCAACUUUUAGGAUUCAAGAAGCCCCUCCUUAAGAUUGUUUCAAGUGUUGGCGAGAAUGAAAUAGAUUCGCAACAGAAGGAUUCUGUUCAGCAAAUGAUGGUCUCCUUACCUGGGCCUGCAUGUAAGAUUAACCGAAAAAUAGCUCUUCUUGGUGUCCUAUACGGUGAGAAGUGCAAAGCAGCUUUUGAUUCUGUCAGCAAAAGUGUUCAGACACUGCAAGGAUUACGCCGGGUUUUGAUGAAUUAUUUGCACCAGAAACGUGCAGAUAGCGGAGUGGCUGCUUCAAGAUUUGUGGUUUCCAGGUCUCCAAAUAAUUGCUACGGCUGUGCUACUACGUUUGUGACACAGUGUCUAGAGGUAUUACAGGUGCUGUCAAAGCAUCCAAGUUCCAAGAGACAACUUGUUGCUGCUAGCAUCUUAACAGAACUAUUUGAAAAUAACAUUCAUCAAGGUCCUAAAACGGCUCGUGUGCAAGCUAGGACAGUUCUUUGUGCAUUUUCUGAGGGUGAUAUAAAUGCAGUGACCGAGUUGAAUAGCUUAAUACAGAAAAAGGUGAUGUACUGCCUUGAACAUCAUCGCUCCAUGGACAUUGCUCUGGCCACCCGUGAAGAGUUGUCAUUGCUGUCAGAAGUAUGUUCGCUUGCUGAUGAGUUUUGGGAAUCGAGAUUGCGUGUUGUUUUCCAGCUGUUAUUUUCUUCUAUCAAAUUGGGUGCUAAGCAUCCUGCCAUUUCUGAGCACGUUAUUCUUCCUUGUCUGAGGAUUAUAUCUCAGGCAUGUACUCCUCCAAAACCUGAUGUACCAGAUAAAGAGCCUAGCAUGGGAAAAGCUACUACUGGUUCGCAGAACAAGGAUGAAAGUAAUUCUAUAUCUGGAUCUUUGGGUGGACUUGGCAGUGGGGGCAAGCCUACUCCAGAAUCAUUAGAUAAAAACUGGGAUGCAUCACAAAAGACUCAGGAUAUUCAAUUAUUAAGCUAUGCUGAGUGGGAGAAGGGAGCAUCAUAUCUUGAUUUUGUUAGAAGGCAAUACAAAGUGUCCCAGUCUACUAAAGGUGGUAGCCAGAGGACUCGACCUCAAAGACAAGAUUUCCUUGCUCUUAAAUAUGCACUCAGGUGGAAGCGGCGUACUAGUAAGACAGCAAAGAAUGACUUAUCAGCAUUUGAGCUGGGGUCAUGGGUUACAGAACUUGUUCUUAGUGCUUGUUCUCAAUCUAUAAGGUCGGAGAUGUGCAUGUUGAUAAGUCUGCUCUGUGCCCAAAGUACAUCAAGACGAUUUCGGUUAUUGAACUUACUAGUGUCCUUGUUACCAGCAACUCUUUCGGCUGGUGAAAGUGCUGCAGAAUAUUUUGAGUCACUGUUCAAGAUGAUAGAUUCAGAAGAUGCCCGUCUGUUUUUGACUGUGCGUGGAUGCCUGGGCACAAUUUGUAAACUAAUUACUCAAGAAGUGGGCAAUGUUGAGUCCCUAGAAAGGAGCAUGCAUAUUGACAUUUCACAGGGAUUUAUACUCCACAAGCUUAUAGAGUUGCUUGGUAAAUUUUUGGAGGUUCCAAAUAUUAGAUCCAGAUUCAUGCGAGACAAUUUGCUGUCGGAGAUUCUUGAGGCUCUUAUUGUUAUUCGUGGCUUGGUAGUGCAGAAGACAAAGUUAAUUAGUGAUUGCAAUCGGCUUCUAAAAGACCUUUUAGAUAGCCUUUUGCUUGAAAGCAGUGAAAAUAAACGGCAGUUCAUUCGAGCCUGUAUCUGUGGUUUGCAAAACCAUGGAGAGGAGAGAAAGGGCCGAACUUGCCUGUUUAUACUGGAGCAGCUCUGCAAUCUCAUCUGCCCUUCAAAGCCAGAGCCGGUGUAUCUGCUGGUUCUAAACAAGGCACAUACGCAAGAAGAGUUCAUUAGGGGGUCGAUGACAAAGAAUCCCUAUUCUAGUUCUGAGAUUGGUCCUCUGAUGCGUGAUGUCAAGAAUAAAAUCUGCCAUCAGUUGGAUCUAUUAGGUCUUCUUGAAGAUGACUAUGGGAUGGAAUUGCUAGUUGCUGGAAACAUUAUUUCUCUUGAUUUGAGCAUAGCUCAAGUCUAUGAGCAAGUCUGGAAGAAGUCAAAUCAAUCUUCAAACGCCAUGGCUAAUACUACAUUGUUAUCCCCUAAUGCUGUUCCAUCAGCUAGAGACUCUCCACCUAUGACAGUGACAUAUCGGCUUCAGGGAUUAGAUGGUGAAGCAACUGAGCCUAUGAUAAAAGAAUUGGAAGAAGAUAGAGAGGAGUCACAAGAUCCAGAGGUCGAGUUUGCUAUUGCAGGUGCUGUUCGCGAGUAUGAUGGACUGGAAAUUAUAUUGAGCAUGAUCCAGCGUUUGCGAGAUGAUUUCAAGUCCAACCAAGAGCAAUUGGUAGCUGUUCUAAAUCUCCUCAUGCAUUGUUGCAAAAUAAGAGAGAACAGGCGGGCCUUGCUGAGGUUAGGAGCUUUAGGUUUACUUCUUGAAACUGCAAGACAUGCCUUUUCUGUGGAUGCCAUGGAACCGGCUGAAGGCAUACUUCUGAUUGUUGAGAGUCUGACACUGGAAGCUAAUGAAAGUGACAACAUUAACAUCACACAGAGUGCUCUUACUGUCACUAGUGAAGAGACAGGUGAACAGGCCAAGAAAAUAGUCCUCAUGUUUCUGGAGAGAUUGUCUCAUCCUUUGGGCCUUAAGAAAUCAAACAAACAGCAGAGGAACACUGAGAUGGUUGCAAGAAUCUUGCCGUACUUAACAUAUGGUGAACCUGCUGCAAUGGAAGCUCUUAUCCUGCACUUCAGCCCACCCUUGCAAGACUGGAGAGAAUACGAUCGGCUGCAGAAAGAACAUGAAGAUAACCCAAAAGAUGAGAACAUCGCCCAGCAAGCUGCAAAACAAAGAUUCACACUGGAAAAUUUUGUAAGGGUCUCUGAGUCUCUCAAAACAAGCUCCUGUGGAGAGAGAUUGAAAGACAUUAUUCUUGAGAGGGGUAUUACUGGUGUUGCAGUUGGACAUCUGAGGGAUAGUUUUUCAGUAGCGGGGCAGGCUGGUUUUAAAUCAACUACAGAAUGGGCAAUAGGCUUAAAAUUGCCAUCUGUUCCACUGAUAUUGUCUAUGCUGAGGGGCUUGUCAACAGGACAUUUGGCCACUCAGAAGUGUAUUGAUCAGGGAGGGAUAUUACCUUUGCUUCAUGCUUUAGAAGGGGUCUCAGGGGAAAAUGAGAUAGGAGCGAGGGCUGAAAACUUGUUGGACACGCUUUCAAAUAAGGAGGGAAAAGGAGAUGGAUUUUUGGAGGAGAAGGUGCAGAUGUUGAGACAUGCCACCAGGGAUGAAAUGAGACGUAGAGCUUUAAGGAAGAGAGAGGAAUUACUUCUGGGGCUUGGAAUGCGACAGGAGCUAGCUUCAGAUGGUGGUGAGCGUAUUAUUGUUGCUCGACCACUGCUUGAAGGUUUAGAAGAUGUGGAGGAGGAGGAGGAGGAUGGGUUAGCAUGCAUGGUUUGCCGAGAGGGUUACAGUUUAAGGCCUACUGACUUGCUUGGUGUUUACUCUUAUAGCAAACGAGUGAAUUUAGGUGCAGGGACUUCUGGUAGUGCUCGUGGGGAGUGUGUUUAUACAACUGUUAGUUAUUUCAACAUUAUUCAUUUCCAGUGCCACCAGGAGGCAAAGAGAGCAGACGCUGCUCUGAAAAAUCCAAAGAAAGAGUGGGAAGGAGCAACUCUCAGAAACAAUGAAUCUCUUUGCAAUUCUUUGUUCCCUGUGAGAGGUCCAUCUGUUCCUUUAGCACAAUAUAUUCGCUAUGUUGACCAGUACUGGGACAACCUCAAUGCUCUAGGUCGUGCUGAUGGAAGUCGUCUUCGGCUGUUGACAUAUGACAUUGUUCUGAUGCUAGCUCGAUUUGCAACUGGGGCAUCAUUUAGUGCAGAAAGCAGAGGUGGUGGAAGGGAAAGCAACUCCAGAUUUCUUCCUUUCAUGAUCCAAAUGGCGCGUCACCUUCUUGAUCAGGGAAGCCCAUCUCAGCGUCAUACAAUGGCCAAGUCUGUGUCAACAUAUUUGACAUCUUCUAGCUUAGAUUCUAAACCUUCUACUCCUGAAAAACAACCGUCUCUGGGAUCUGAAGAAACUGUCCAAUUUAUGAUGGUGAAUUCACUUCUCUCGGAAUCUCAUGAAUCCUGGGUGCAACACCGCCGUGCCUUCUUGCAGCGUGGAAUAUACCAUGCCUACAUGCAGCACACGCAUGGCCGGUCAGCAGGUCGCACAUCAUCCAGUUCAUCGCCUAUAGUCAAGAUAGAGUCGGGAAAUACAAGCCAAAGUCCGAGUGCAGAAAUUGGGGGUGCUGAUGAGCUUUUGUCCGUCAUUAGACCAAUGCUCGUCUACACUGGCUUGAUUGAGCAGCUGCAAUGUUUCUUCAAGGUACAAAAAUCAGCAAAUCUUGCAUUGACCAGAACAGAAGGUACUUCUACUGCAUCAGAAGGGGAAGAUGACAGUGGAAGCUUGGAAGGUUGGGAGGUAGUGAUGAAAGAGCGACUUUUGAAUGUAAAGGAGAUGGUGGAUUUCUCUAUGGAGUUGCUGUCGUGGCUCGAUGAGAUGAGUUCUUCCAGUGAUUUGCAGGAGGCAUUUGAUAUAAUUGGUGUAUUAGCUGAUGUGCUUUCUGGCGGCAUUACGAACUGUGAGGACUUUGUGCGUGCCGCAAUCAAUGCAGGGAGAGGCUGAGGAUUUUUAUUAGACCUAGGGGCGUUGUAUGUGUUGCUUGCUGUAUUUGGCUACGGGGUUUAAUUUUUUUGUAAAAAUAGUGAUGCCUGUGAAUUACAUAACCCCAUAUGUAUUGAAGGGGUUCAAACUCCGCAACUCUCUAUUCUGAGUUUGUUCAAUACAUAUGA